CCAUGGAGCAGCGCCGCGUCACCGACUUCUUCGCGCGCCGCCGCCCCGGGCCCCGAAUCGCGCCGCCGAAGCUGGCUUGCCGCACCCCCAGCCCCGCACCCUGCGCCCUGGACCCCGCCACUAGCGGCAGCCGCAAGCGCGCCCGCCCCUCCGCCGCCCCCGGACGCGACCAGGCCAGGCCGCCCGCGCGCAGGAGGCUGCGGCUGUCUGCGGACGCGGUUUCCAGCCCCAGUUCCCCAGGGAGCCCCAGGGAAGCUCCUGACUCCCCCGAGGCCCCUGGGUCCCCAGCCGGCCCUUCUCUGUGCCAGAAGAUAAAGACAUCCGCCCCGGCAGCAGGUCAGCCGCCCCAGAAGGACACCAUCUCUGAGCUCCGAUCGUGCCUGCAACGGGCCCAGCAGUUGGGGGAAAGAGUCCGGGCGCUGAAGGCCAGUGCCCAGGAUGCUGGGGAGCCCCGCACCCCGGAGGCGGAGGGCAGCCCUGCGGAGCCAUGUGGCGAGAAGGCGCCGGCCUACCAGCGCUUCCAUGCCCUGGCCCAGCCCGGCCCACCGGGGCUGGUGCUACCGUAUAAGUACCAGGUGCUGGCGGAGAUGUUCCGCAGCACGGACACCAUCGUGGGCAUGCUCCACAACCGCUCCGAGACGCCCACCUUCGCCAAGGUCCAGCGGGGCGUCCAGGACAUGAUGCACAGGUGCUUUGAGGAGCGCAAUCUCGGCCAGAUCAAAACCGUGUACCCGGCCUCCUACCGCUUCCGCCAGGAGCGCGGCGUCCCUACCUUCAAGGAUGGCAUGAAGAGGUCUGAUUACCAGCUCACCAUUGAGCCACUGCUGGAGCAGGAGGGCGGUGGAGCAGCCCCCAAGCUCACGGCCUCGCACCUCCUGCAGCGGCGGCAGGUCUUCGGCCAGAAGCUGGUGGAGCUCGUGAAGCAGCACCACAGGUCCUUCUUGGCCUCCCUGAACCCCCCCAUGGUGGUGCCAGAGGACCAGCUGACGCGAUGGCACCCACGCUUCAAUGUGGAUGAGGUGCCCGACAUUGAGCCGGCCGUGCUGCCCCAGCCGCCCGCCACGGAGAAAGUCAGCACCGCGCAGGAGGUCCUGGCCCGGGCCUGCAGCCUUAUGUCACCAAGGAUGGAGAAGGCCUUGCGUCAGCUAGCCCUGCGCUCUGCGGAGCCCAGCAGCACCCGCUCCCCCAGCCUGGUGUCCCCGAAGCCAGCACUGCUGGCUACCCCACCAGCCACCCCACCUGCUGCCUCCCCCAGCGCCCUGAAGGGGGUGCCCCAGGAUCUGCUGGAGCGGGUCCGAGCCAAGGAGGCACAGAAGCAGCUGGCGCAGAUGACGCGGCGCCCGGAGCAGGAGCAGCAGCUGCAACGCCUGGAGCGGCUGCCUGAGCUGGCCCGCGUGCUGCGCAGCGUCUUUGUGUCUGAGCGCAAGCCUGCGCUCAGCAUGGAGGUGGCCUGCGCCAGGAUGGUGGACAGCUGUUGCACUGCCAUGAGCCCCGGGGAGAUGGAGAAGCACCUACUGCUCCUCGCCGAGCUCCUGCCGGACUGGCUCAGCCUCCACCGCAUCCGCACGGACACCUACAUCAAGCUGGACAAGACCGCAGACCUGGCCAGCGUCACCGCACGCCUAGUCCGCCAGGCCCACGCCGAGGAGGGGCUGUGAGCCCCGUGGCCACUGUGGACAGACACGGGCUUCAGGCUCGCUGGCCUGGGCCCACCAGCAUUGUCCUUUGCUCUUUCUUUCCCGAGUGCCCAGGGCUCCUGUAGCUGUGGGUGGCAGCCACUCAUAGAGGUCCUGUCGUGUAUUCACAUUAAACUGGUUUCUGUGAGCGCCUCUGUCCUUGCUUCUGCUGGGGAAGAAAAGCCAGACCCCAGCACCCACUGGGGGGCAAUCAGGGCUCUGGCUAUAUGGGGCUGGGGAGUGUGGCAAGAAGCCAAACCCUCUAAUCCUGGGACCUCCCACAGCAAAGGGUGGCUUUUGUCAUUAGGAAUUUUGGGAAGUGAUCCUUAAUCAUCUAGCUGGGCCCCAUGUCGUCACAGGAGUCCUUAUUGAGAGGGCCAGAGGCAGCCCUGCCCUGACACUGGCCGCCUGGAGAAGCUGGGCAGGUGAGUAGGAUGUCCCGGAGCCUCAGGAAGGGACUGGCCUGCCCACACCUUCACCUCGGUCCUCCAAAACCCUAGUAAGUUGUGCUGGCAGCCAUUGGGUGUGCGGAAGCUGAUGAGCCCCACAGUAUCAGCUGCCUCGUGGCUUGUACCUGCACUCAGACUUAGUUACCUGCAGCCCUGGCGUGCUCCCUGUGAGGUGAGAACCACAAACAGACUGUCUCUGCUGGGUACCACGC